AUGGACACAAAUACCUUAAACAAUUUGGAAGGCAAACAAAUAGAACAUGAUGCUACAAAAGUGAAGUCACCUAAGAAGAAAAAUAUUUUAAGCUGCAAAAGUGGCUUAAGUUUAAAUAAGGAAGCUUUGUCAAAUGACCCAAAUAUAUCUCUAAAUGAUUUUAACUCACAGCCAUCACAAGGUGCUUCAAGCUCAAAUGAACAUAGGAUUAGUUGUGCAGAAAUCGAUGAUAUAUUCAUAGAUGACUUUGAUUUAGAGGAUAUCAAAGAUGAUUUGGAUUUGACAACCAUGCAGAGGUGUAAGAUACUUGAUAUCAUAAAACAUCCGCAGUCAUUGGAAAUCUUACUGAAAAAUAAUACAAAUAAUAGAGGAACUGUUUUCAUAGAGGGAAAUUGGUUGAACACACACCUGCAAAUUGGGGAUGUAAUUAGCAUUCUGGCAUCUCGAGACUCGUCUGGUCAAUUUAGAAUUAAUAAUACUCAAGGUCUCCUUGUGUUGAGGCCAGACCAUUUAAUAUCUUCGACAAGUGUUGUCGCUGGUGUUUUCUGUAGAAGGAAAGCUGUGUUACAGGAAAGAUGGAAGGGAAUUGAUUCUGCAUCAGUAACUAUGACAAUUGGUACUUUGGUUCAUGAAUUGGUACAGAGAGCUUUAACUCAAAACAUAUCAAAAGUCGCAGAUAUUAAAGUUUUAUGUGAGAAUAUAAUUAAGGAAUCCAUUGAGAUGUUGUAUGAUGCUGAGAUUACAGAGACAGAUGUAAGAACGAACAUGCAAGUGUAUAUAGAACCACUGGCGGAAUUUAUGCAUACAUAUGUGGUUAAUGAAAAAAUGAUUGACUCAAAGAAAAAUCAGUGGAAAGGUAAAGUAGAGAAGGUUUUAGACAUAGAAGAGAAUGUUUGCUGUCCUCAGAUGGGUUUGAAAGGUAAAAUUGAUGCAACGCUCGAAGUCACGAUCCACAAUAGAAAAGACAAAACCACAAUAGUGCCGUUGGAGUUAAAGAGUGGUCGAGCAAGUGUUUCCGCAGAGCAUACAGGACAGUUAGUGUUAUAUGGCAUGAUGAUGAGUGUGCUCGAAGGGAAAGAUCCGGCCAGGGGAGAACAGAGGGGCCUCUUGUUGUAUCUAAAGGACAAGAUAAACAUCACUGAAGUUAAUUGUGAUUAUCCGGAGAGACGAGACCUGGUUAUGCUUCGUAAUGAGCUCGUCCAACAUCUAGCACCAGGACCUAAUGAUAUGUCCCAAGAUGAGUUAACAGACAUUGAAGAUUUGGGAAACUACCACCAAAGUUUGCCAGAACCUGUAAAUCAUCACUCUGCCUGCUCUAAAUGCGCAUAUCUCACUCUGUGUUCAUUACAUUUGUGGCAUACAAAUGGACCUACAGUAUCAAGUGGCCAUCCUUUAAGUAAACUCAAAGGUACAGCCUUGGGUCACCUUUCCUCUGAACAUAUAGAGUACUUCCUUAAAUGGGCGAGCCUACUUCGUUUAGAAGAGAAAAAUCAGCUGAUGACGUCACCAAUACACGCCUUGUGGACCGAUAGCACUGAAAUACGAUCUAAACGUGGAAGUUGCGCGCCGAAUUUAACUCUGAAGACGCUCAGUGAUACGAAAUAUAUUAAAGGACCUCAAGCAGGUGAUUUUUCUAUAGUGAGCAUAGAUAACAGACCCUGGCUUGCAGCCGGAGUGGUUACAUUAAGUGAUUCCAAAGAAUUGCAAAUAUUGUUAGAGAGAGAUCUAUCAUUUCGUCUGCCAAAGAACACUAAAUACCACAUCGACAUCUAUGAAUCUUACGCUACUACCGUACAAAACCUAACUAACCUCGGUCUGCUUAUGGAAGAUACCCACCAAGCAUCGAAAUUAAGAAAGUUAAUAAUAGACAAAGAAGCCCCAACAUUCACACAGAAGCUGCCACCUCGUGUACACGAGAUGAGUAAGGAGUUACUCAUCACACUGAACAAGGAACAACAAGCGGCAGUACUGAGAGUGUUGGAGAGCGAUGAUUAUGUUCUGUUGCAAGGGCUACCUGGCACUGGAAAGACUCAAACCCUGUGUGUGUUGAUUCAACUCCUGUGUUCAUUGGGCAUGCGUGUAUUGGUCACAGCUCACACACAUUCAGCCGUCGAUACACUUCUUAACAGACUACCGUCAUCUCUAAGAGUACUACGUGUCGGUACUUCGUCUCGAGUGGCAGUUUCUACGGCGGUCAAAGAGUGCACCACAGUGGAACAAUUAACCAACCUUUAUAACUCAGUGCAAGUGGUCGGAGUCACAUGCCUCGGAGCAUCUCACGCAUUGCUAUCGAAGAAUACAUUCGACUUUUGUAUUGUAGAUGAAGCGACACAGGUACUACAAUGUACAGUCCUUCGUCCACUGUUUGCUGCGAAUAAAUUCGUGUUAGUUGGAGACCCAGAGCAACUACCGCCAGUCGUCAAAAGUAGAGAUGCUAAGCUGCUAGGAAUGGAGGAGAGCUUAUUUCAUAGCUUAAUGAAGGAUAGAACAACAUGCACUCUAAGUCUCCAAUACAGAAUGAACCAACCCUUAGCAGAUCUUGCCAAUUCAAUUGCGUACAGUAAUAGACUUAAAUGUGCAAAUGAAAUUGUGGCAAAAGCAGCGCUUAGUAUAAAUAACUUGAAACUGUCAGAGAAAUCUCUGGAUGAAUGGCUUAUGAGUGUAUGUAGCCCAAAAGCCAAAGAUGCAGCCAUUUUCCUUAAUACAAUUUUGGAAUUAUCUGAUGACGCUUCUAAGACGUUGAACAAUAAAGACGAAGCCGUGGUAGUGCUCGCUGUGAUUAAAACUUUAAAAGAGGUGGGCAUAUCAGCAUCGGAUAUAGGGGUUAUAGCUCCGUACCGUGAUCAAGUCGCUUUGCUGAAACGAGUCCUAGACGGUACACAAGUGGAAGCCAGUACUGUUGAUCAGUUCCAAGGCAGAGAUAAAAGUGUCAUAAUAUACUCUUGUACAAGAAAAGAUGAUAAUUUAAGAAAAGUUAAGGAAAACGAAGUUCUGAACGACAAACGUCGCCUGGCUGUUAGCGUGACGCGUGCGAAACACAAGUUUAUUGUGAUCGGUAACAUUCGAGCAUUAAAACGAUACACAUCGAUAAUGAAACUAGAAGAGGCUUGUAAGACUGUUGAUUUGGAUCAAGAGAUCAUUACAAAACUGAAUAAGAAAUAA